AUGUUUCAUCAGGUUCAAGUUCCCGAAGAAGAUCAGUCAACCUACCGUUUUGUUUACCGGACGCCAGGCAGCAGUACUGCUCCAUUGACAUACCAGAUGACCGUUCACGUGUUUGGCUCAAUUUCAUCCCCAACUACCUGUAUCUACGCCCUGAACCGAACUGCAGACGAUCAUCGUGACCAGUUUCCAGAAACUGCAGACAAUGUUCGACGUACAUUCUACGUCGACAACUACCUUGACUCCUUCGAUUCCAAAGAUGAGGUAGUUAAACGGGCCCGCCAAAUGAAGAGCCUUCUUCAGUUGGGUGGUUUUAACCUCACGAAGUUGACGUCGUCAUCAAGAAACGUGAUGGCAGCUUUACGUGAGUUCGGGCUCGCACCAACUCUGAAUCUCGACCUGGAUAAAUUGCCAGUUGAACGAACCCUUGGCGUGAUGUGGGAUGGUGAGAGAGACAUGUUAACGUUCAAAAUCAACAAGUCAUCAAACCCUAACACUCUUACCAAGCGAACGUUCCUAAGCAUCAUUUCCAGUGUUUACGAUCCAUUGGGUCUCGUAGCGUAUGUAACCUUCUUGAUGAAGUCUCUUCUUCAAGACAUCUGGACGUAUGAAACCAGGAUUGACUGGGAUAAUCUUCUACCCGAAGAAUUACGUGAACGUUUUCUACAUUGGUACGAGCAUCUUGAAAAUUUGGAGACGCUUUCGGUGCCACGGUGUUACAGUUUCCAUCGGCGGAGCUGUAAGCAGCAGCGGCUGCAUGUAUUCACGGAUGCAAGUUCAAAAGGCUUUGGAGCUGUGGCUUACUUCCGUUCGGUCUAUGAAGACCAUUCGAUAGGCGUGUCUUUCGUCAUGUCGAAAACCCACGUCACCCCAGUCAAAACCCUUACAAUUCCUAGGCUGGAACUUCAAGCAGCAGCUGAAGUUUUCGUGAACAAUCGUGUUGGCAAAAUCCUAAGAAACACCAAUCGUCGGCAGUGGCGUCAUGUAGCUGGAGUCGAAAAUCCUGCUGACCUGUGCAGUCGGGGUAUUGACCCACAGAACGUAAACGAGUUGUUCCAGUUUCAUCAAGGACCGCAGUUCUUGCAACUCGAUCCAUCUGAAUGGAACAAUUGGGUUGACAUUGUUGAACCGGAGGAGAGUGACGCGAAUGUGAUUCGCAUCUUGGCAAUAAAAACAGAAGAUGAGAAUCAUCCCGUAGUCCAAUGCGUAAAAAACUGUUCGAGUUUGCUUAGAAUUCAGAGAGUUCUAGUCUGGUGUUUGAGAUUCGUGAGAAAUAUACAAUCCAGAAAACGUGGGGACAAACUGACAGUCGGAGAGUUAACGGUGUUAGAAAUGCCAACCUCGUUAGUGAUUGGCGUCAAACGUGCUAAACCGUUAGCUUUCAAGGAAGAAAUCUAUGCCCUGAGAAAAAACCUGGAACUACCGCUGACGUCUAAACUUCGUCCUUUCAAGCCAUUUUUAGACGACGUCGGACAGUUACGAGUAGGCGGACGUAUCCACCACGCCCCGGUAGACUACUCAGCAAAACAUCCCAUUCUGCUACCAGGAGAUCAGUUGUUGACUCAACGGAUAGUGUGGGAAAGCUGA